CUGAUCCAAGCUGGUAUCAGCUAUCACUUUUGCAUCUUCUUUACAUAUAUAUACAUUUGUGUCUGGAUAUUGACACCACCAGAAAGAUCUCCUUUUUGUCUCUUCAGGAGAUGUGGUGGAUGAAAAUGAUCUGUGUCUUGUGUGUGGACCCCUUGUCUCGGAAGUCAUACGCUGACAACUUAGGGAAGACAUUGCUCUUGCAAGCCUACUUGCCUUCAAGGACAGCGAGGUUCAUGAACCAUCUAGCGUCUUGCAGUCAAAAGGGAAGUGCAGAAUUGGUUCUAAUACCUAGUUGAGCCAAAUAACUACUUCGGGAUUGUCUUUGAGCUUUUUGCUGUGCCAGGAGAAGCAUAAAUAGAAGAAAUGGUCCUCCCCAACAUGUCUCAUUUUCAUCAUCAGCACACACCAGAUACAACAACGACAACACAGACACCCAAAGCUCUGCCAUCAUGAAGUUUCUCAGCGUUAUCGCCCCGGUCCUCUUGGUCUUGAGCGGGCCCAGCAUCGCCUCCCCGACCCCUGAACCCGAGUACCCUACCAUCAGCAACACCACCGUGGUUGACGAAUUGCUUGCUAAGCGGGCCACCUGUUCCGGCUCCCUCAGUACCUGGACCUCAUCCUCUACAACAUGCACAGGAACUGCCGGUCAAGUCAUCACCAACCCUAACAGCGGCCAGUGCUACACCCACGGUUCUGGCGCCGCCCAACUUUUCAGACGUGCUUUGUGGAGUGGUUCCUCGGCCACUGUUACCUUCUAUUCGUCGACCAACUGCAAUCCUGGCACUGUCGUUUCCACCACCACCACUGGCCUUCUUUGCUGGGCCGGAUGGGAGUUUUGGAGUUUCAGAGUCACAUGCUAGUUGGUGACGAAAGUGAAUGAGAGGAAGGGGUGCUUCGAUCAAGUAGCUGUGGUGCUUGGUUUUGUACGGCUUUGGGGGUCAUCGGGAACCUUGUUGUCGAGUCGCCGAUGGGGGAGAUUGGUAGAAUAACCACCUAGGUACCUCAUGUACCUUUUUUCACUUAGGUCAAGGUGUGGUCUCGGGAACUGCAGCCCAGACUACCCCACACACUCGUUAAAAUCGACUCUUUGAUGCUCGGGC